GGGGCAGCCGGUCUGUCAACGGUGACGUACCGCGGUGAGCUUUUCGCAUGCUAGCUAAUGAAACUGAAAAUACCCACGGAAUGCACUUCGACAUAAUGCUAUCAAAGACGAUAAAUGCGCAGAUCUGGUAAAAAUAAAUGCCGUCAACCAGCUCGAUAUAGCAAAAUUAAUUCCAUUGAAGCUAAAGUAAACAUCUGACACCAAACUUGCUAGCUACUUCCCCUGGCUAUUAGCGGGCAAGUAAGCGUAGUCCUCAGGAGGGACAACAACAUUAACAUAUGCCCACUGGUGUGUCUCUCGGCGAAGCUCGUUGUUUCACAACGGAUUGCCAAAUUGAUCAUCCGCAACAUUGAUGGGGCAAUUCGGUUAAACCCCAUCAACUCGUGUUUUUUUGGUGGAGGAAAUACAACGUCGGAGCUCCAAGCUAGUCAGUGCAAGCGUGAACGCUAGCACGACGUGUGUGCGGGAAUCAGCUGACCGCCCGCUGCUGCACUACCGCCGAGGAAACAAGUGAUGGAUCCACUCAAAGUCAAGGACCGAAUACUGGAGAACAUUUCUUUGUCUGUGAAGAAGCUGCAGAGUUACUUUGCUGCAUGUGAAGAUGAAACGCCUGCCAUUCGCAACCACGACCGGGUGCUGCAGCGGCUUUGUGAGCAUUUGGACCAUGCUCUGUUAUAUGGGCUGCAGGACAUCUCCUCCGGCUACUGGGUGCUGGUCCUUCACUUCACCAGGAAAGAGGCGGUUCGGCAGAUAGACGAGCUGCAGCACAUAGCCACCAACCUGGGUCGAAGCCGAGCGUGGUUGUACCUGGCACUGAGCGAGAGCUCCCUGGAGACUACCUGCGCCUUUUUCAGGAGAACCCAGGCCCUGCUACCGAACUACUACUUCAAGAAUGCACUGGUCUGCAGCCGCCACCUGACACUGUUCCUCACGCUGGUGUCAGGCCUGGAGUUCAUUCGCUUCGACCUCGAGCUGGAUGUUCCAUAUUUGGACGUAGCGCCCUACAUGCCGGAGUAUUACAAACCCCAGAACCUGCUGGACUUUGAGGAGAGGCUACCGAGCUCGAACAGCUUGUCCCUUCACUCCUUCACCUCCCUCACCUCCACCAACCUGGAGUGGGACGAUAGCGCCAUAGCGCCAUCCAGUGAAGAUUAUGAUUUUGGGGACAUCUUCCCUGUGUUGCAGUCACUGCCCAGUGCAGACUGGGAAGAGGGGGAUCUCACCGACCCCGCCAGCUGUCCGCGCUCCAGCGGCUCGGAUCCCCAGACGGUCGUCGGCGACUCGGUGAUCCUCCGCUCCGCGGCGGCCGUGGCGACCGUUUCCGUGGCGCCCAUGAAGGCAGCCCCGCCGCCGUCGCCGCCCCGCAGCCCCGUGUUCCGGCACAACCCGUUCAACCACGACUCGGACACCAACACGUCGGCCGACGUCACGCCCGUCCACGUGGCCGGCCGCCAGGGCUCCUGCGCCCCGCGGGAGGACGGCGAGAGCGGCAGCACACAGCUGGAGGUCAUCAGGCUGGCCAAACGGAGGAAGCCCGCCAAGAAGCGACGGGUAAGAGUUCCAGCGGCUCCAUCAGCAGCGUCAACAACAACUCCUCCUCGGACCUGGUGGAGCCGGAGGAAAGCCUGCCCAGCCCCGAACCCCAGGGGGCCAGGGGAGCCGCGGAGGAGGCGGACUCCUCCAGCAGCAGCCUCCCGCACGGCGGGGCGGCCACGAGGAGGACGGGCAGGAGAAGCACGGACGAGGGAGGAGGAGGAGGAGGAAGAGGAGCCGGAGCCCUACCUGCGGCUCCCGCAGAUGACGGACACCUCGAUGGACGGCGUGGGCCGCCCGCUGCGAGACGUCAUGGACCGUCUCAACGGCGCCCGGGAAUCGGAGGAGGCAGCGGAGGCGCAGGGAGCGACCGCGUCAAACGGCGUGGACCGGGACCCCGACCCCCAGCCUCCCACGCGGCAGCCCUUUCGGGAGGAGGCGGGACGGGAGCCGCCCGAUCGCGCUGACGGGGAGCCGCCUGGUGCCGCUCUGGCCCGGGGCCCCGCCGGGCCCUACGCCUCUGGCCCCGCCGGGCCCUACGCCUCUGGCCCCCGCGGUACAGAGCCUGCUGCCCCGGGUGGUGGCGGCCAUGACCCUGCAGGGUCUGGUGAGUCAGAAGCUGUUGAAGGUGCUGCUGAAGAUGCAGGAGCGGCAGCGGCAGAGGAGGGACCGGAGCCCGCCCUGAGGCCGACCAGGGGGAGGGCGGAGCCGCCCUCCGGCCCGUGGGAGCGGACGACUCUGGCGGAGAGGCGGAGGAGCAGCUGGUAGAAGAGACUCAGUCCCGCAGAGGACUGUCACCCGGCAGAAUUCAAGGUGGACAACAACCAUUUGCUGCUGCUUAUGAUUCACGUGUUUAGAGAGAAUGAAGAGCAGCUUUACAAGAUGAUGAAGAUGAGCACGGGACAUAUGGAGGGAGACCUACAGCCCCUAUACCUGCUUCUGACAGACUGUUACAUCUAUCUGCUCAGAAAAGGGGCUGCAGAGAAGCCCUACACGGUGGAGGAGGCCGUCUCCUACAACGAGCUGGACUACAUCUCCGUAGGGCUGGACCAGCAGACGGUGAUGCUGGUGUGCACCAACCGGCGGCGGCAGUUCCUAUUGGACGCGGCCGACUUCUCCCUGACCAUAUGGCUGCUGGAGGCGCUGCGCUCGGCCAUGGUGAAGGGCUGCCGGGAGCCCCCCUACCCCUCGGUGCUGACGGACGCCACCAUGGAGAAGCUGGCCCUCACCAAGUUCAUCUCCCAGGAGGCUCACUGCGAGGUGUCUGAGGUCUCCAUCCAGCUGUACUCCCUGGUACACUGGGAGGACCCCAUGGACGCGGCCUUGUCCCCCCAUGGAGGGCCCCCAGGCUCGGGCUCCUCCAGCACCAAGGAGGGCUGCCUGCUCUACCGCGCCGGGACCAACCUCCUGGGCAAGGAGCUGUGGAAGAGCUGCUACCUGGUCCUCAGCAAUGGAAUCCUCUACCAGUAUGCAGAGAGGACAGACGUAGCCCCUCUGCUGUCCAUCACCAUGGGGGGCGAGCACUGCGGGGGCUGCCGACGCUCCAACAGCACGGAGCGGCCCCACGCCUUCCACGUGGUCCUCAUAGAGCGCCCCCCGCUGGAGCUGAGCGCCACCGACGAGCAGGACAUGGGCGACUGGAUGCUGCUGCUCUGCCAGGCGGCGUCCAAAGGGGUGAUCCCACUGGGUUCCUCCCCCACCCCCUGCAUCCCCUGCUGCCUCGUGGUGACGGCGGGCCAGCUGCUCACCUGCCACCAGGACUGCCAGACCAGCUUCUUCCGCUCCCUGGGGAUGGCCGAUCUCUCCGACGUCACCGGCGUCCGCCUGGAGGCCGAUCAGCAGUACUGCGUCGUGGAGUUCGCUGGGGAUCGGGCCAAGUUCCUGCCUCCCUGGGUUUUGUAUUUCAGCGGCUGUGGGGAGAGAGACCGUCUUCUAGAGGCGCUGGACGCCGCCUGGAGAGAGAUUUUUCAGGUGGUGCUGCCCCGCGGUGAGGUGGAGGACCCGGCGGUGAGGAAGCGCUGCAGAGAGGCCCUGGCCCUGAUGAGCAGCGCCUGGCAGAGGGCCGACAGCCUGGCCCGUGGCCGCGCCCAGAGGGAGCCCUGGUGCUGAGGAGGGCCGUCGCCACGGAGACGGGCGUCAACUACUGAGGCAUCUCGCGGGGGCUCAAUGGACAGGCGAGUCCCAGGGGCUGCGAGCCUCCGAACGGACGCACGUCGUUAGAACGCCGUCGGCGGUGCUUUUACAGGAUAUACCCAGCCGUUGUGGAGGUCGUGUUUCUCCCACUCGUUUGUGAGACGGAUUUACAGGCCGCGGCCGGUUUGCUUGCUCGUUAAAAAAAAAAGAAUCGUCGUUUUAAAUUAAGUACCAACUGUGCCUCCGUUUAGUGCACAUAGGAUGUUAAUAAAAGUAGAGUUUUCAUUCAGCCACUCGCGACGACCUCUUGGAUAGGAAUGAUGCUGUAGCCGGGGGCAACCAGCAUCAGCAUUUACGACACGGGCGUCGGAGGAGAGGUUGACUAGACUGGAGGUUGUGCUGGACUGUCGGUAGAAUCAUGUUCCCAGCAUCAUUUCCCGUCUCUCUUAUGGUUUC